AUGUCUGGAAACUCAAAAAUAACAUAGAGAAGAAUCACGAUUUCAUCAGAAAUUGCAAGCCGUUCUAUAUCAUUAGCAUAGAUAUAUUAAGGUAAUUAAUUCAUUUAAUUAGAUUCUAAUUCAAAUACUAAAUAUGAUUAUCGAAACUCAAUCAAUUAAUUCAAGUUUUCUUAACAAAUAUCAUCUAAAAUUCCUGCUAUUCAUUCAAAAUUUUUAGAAGAAAAGUAGUAUAUUAUUAAUUAUAAAGAAAAUAAGACCAGUCAUUUUGUUUAAGCAGUGAAUAUUUUACAGAAGAUUCUUUACCUUCCAUAAAUGUUGUAGAUAAAUUCAAUUCUUCAAUCGAUAAUGAAUCUUAAUUUGAUUUCAAUACAGAUUAUAAAACCCAGAAAUAAAAAAAAAAUAAAACAAUGUAGAUCGAUAACAAUGAGGAGAUUUAAACUAAUUUUCUUAAAGAAGUAUAUUAAAUAUCAAAUGCUUCUGAUGGUCAAAUAGAAUUUGAGAAAAUACUCCGAAAAUAUUAUAAGCUUAGUCAAAGAAACCCAUUUAAAGAUCCUUAUUAUGUAUAAUUAAAGGUUGUGACUGGUUACGAUAGAUUAGUAUAUGAAUUGUCAGUAAAUUUAAUUUGUAUUGUAGCGUUAUCAUGAUAAAAAUAAAUAUUUAGAUAUCAGAAAGAAAAUAGUAUAUAUUUGCUAUCUUCCCUCUUACUUGAUAGAAAUAAUAUUAUAGACAGUAUUUUUUAAAUUGUGCAUGACAAUUUUAAUAUUGUGUAAUGUUGGAUUAUUUAUUGUUGUGAAAACAGAGAAUAGAACAGAUACUAAAAGUCUUGAAGAAGUGAUUACAAUUUUAUUUUUAAGUGAAAUAGGUAUGAGAAUAAUGGCAUCUGGGGUAAUUUUGAAUAAAAAAAGCUUUUUUAGAAGUCCUUUGAAUAUUUUCGAUUUCUUAUUGAUAAUCUUAACAACUUUAAAUCUUUAUAGACCUGAUAUAGUAAUAAUAAAUCUAUCUCCAUUAAGAAUGAUAACAUUAUUAAACUAUUUGGGAGAUAUAUUGAAAGGAUUAUCAAUUAUGUUAAAAGCAUUAAAAUCUUCAAUAAAGUUUUUAGUAGAAGCAUUAAUAAUAGUUGGUUUAUUUUCUUUGUUUUUUGGGGUUUUUGGAGUGUUAUUAUUUUAGAAUUUAUUUAAUUAUAGAUGUUAAUAUGAAAAUGGAUAAGAAACAGAAGAUUGGAUUUAAUGUGUUUAAGAUACUUGUCCUGAUUAAAUGAAAUGUCUUUAUUCAGAAUAAACUCCAAGACUACCAACAUCCUUCAAUAAUUUUAUUUAUGCUUUAGGAUAGAUAUUAAGAACUAUCACAAUGGAUGAUUGGAGUUGGGUUAUGUUUUAUACAAUGAGGAUUUAUCAUCCAUAUGUUUGGAUUUAUUAUUUAUUAAUUAUAUUUGUAGGGGGGUUUUUUGGUUUUAAUCUUGUUAUUGCGGUUUUAAAAACACAUUAUGCUGAAGCAGCAGAAGAAACUGUUCAAGAAGAAUUAAAAUAGGAAAUGUUAAAAAAGUUAAAAGAAAGAUAAGAAAAUCCUGAAAGAGACUUAAUAUCAAUAUUUGAUGUUGCUAUUCUCAGAUAUAUUGGAUUUUAUUAAUCCUAUUAAAAAUAUCAUAUGAAAUUGAAGAAUAAUUUAAAUACUACUUAAACUAUUUCAAUCGAAAAAGCAAAUAAGGAAUUAAAAAAAAUAUAAAAACCAAGGACAUUAUCUGGUAAAUAAACAAAAUUUGAAAAUGUAAUUUAUAAUUAUAGAUUUUUAGCGAAGGAAAGGAAUUUAGGAUUAUUUGGAGUAAUUCAAUUUGAAGAAUAUAUUGCUUCCAAGAUUUAGUAAUUUAGAAUAAUGUUAAAAAGAAAUAAAAGCAACUGAUUUUACUGAUGAUCCAUUAGAAUUGUAAUUAAUAUUUAAAUUAUUGUAAUACGAUUUUUGUUAAUUAAAAGCAUAUCCAAAUUACAAUAUAUAUUAAGAAUUUAGUAGUGUAGAGGAUAUUUUAUAGAGUUAAACGUAAAUUUAUUAUUAAAAUAAAGUUAAAAUUAAUAGAGAAUAUUUGAAUAAACUUAGAAAUAGUUAGUAGAAUAAAGACGUUCAAUUAAUUUAAAGCAGUUUUAUAGUUUAGAUAAUUUAAAGUAGGAAAGGAAACAAAGUUUAAGUAUGAUAAAGGGGAGAAGAUUACCAGUAAGAAAAGAAAGGAGAUUAAAAAAUAAGAUAAGAGAAGAUAGAACAUUAGAGAAGUUAGAUGAAAGUGAAAAUUGUAAUAAUAUAGAUAGAAAAUAAAUAAUAAAAUAAAAUAAUAAGAAAUAAUAGAAGAAUAGUAAUAUGAGUCUUCCAUUUAGUUUAAUAAAUAAAAGAAAGAGAUAUGUAUUGAUAUAGGAAUAAUAUAUUGAUUAUGAAGGAGUGAGUGAGAAGAUAAAUGGAAAGAUAUAGAUAAUUCAUGAUAAUUCUGAAUCAAAUGAAUUUAGAUAUGGUUUAAUAAGAAAGAAGGAGAUGAUGAAUAAGAUAAUAAAGAAGAAGAAUUGGUCAGGUAGAGAUGUAUUACAUCAGAAUUUGGUAAGAUUAAUAGGUUUUAAUGAGAUAAAGAAAUAAUUAAAUGAAUAGGAUAGAGAAAUAUGGUUGAAAGGAAUAGGAGGUAAGAUAAAGAUAGGAUAGAAAUAUUGUUAUAUGUUAGUGAGUAGUAAAUUUAGUGAGUUGUAUUUUGAUAUGAUAAUAUUGUUUAACUUUGUGUUUUUGUCAUUAUAAGGAAUAUUAAAUGCAGGUUUAAUAUCAUAAAUAGAAGAUAUAACAACAAUAUUUCUAUGUAUAGAGAUAGGAAUGAAAUUGUUCUCGUAUAGAUUGAAAUAAUUGAUGAGUGAUUGGAAUCAUGUAGUGUAGAUGUUAAUAGUUUCUAUUAAUUUUGUAGAAUUAACUUUAGGGGAUGAAAUAGGUAGUUCUAGUUAAUAAGGAUUAAGAUUAAUUAGAGGAACUAAAUGUUUAUUAUUUUAUAGAUGUCUUAAAUAUAAUGCUAUGGCAAAUAAAAUAGGAUAGAUUGCAUAGAAAACAUUUAAAUAAUAUAUCUAUUUAACAUUUUUAAUGUUUUUGGUCAUUUUUAUGUAUGCUUUAAUAGGAAUGGAAAUGUAUGCAGGAGUGUUUGAUUAGAAUGAUACUUUAGGAUAAUUACAUUCAUUUGAUAAUAUUGUUAAAUCAUUUAUGACUAUAUUCAAUAUUAUGACCAACGAUGAUUGGUAUGGAGUGUAUGUUAUGGGAGGUGAUAUAAAUUAUAAUUUUGCAGUUAUAUAUUCAUAUUCUAUGGUUCUGAUAUUAAAUUACUUGACUUAUGGAUUAGUUUUAGCAAUAUUAUUAGAUGGAUUUGGAAAGUAUUUAGGGAAUUCAGAUGAUAUCAUAAUAAAUGAUGAUAUAUAAAGUAUACAGAAUUCUAUAAAUUCAGAAUAACAUGAAAUAAUACUUGAGGAAGAAGAUGAUAGAAAUAAUGCAGAAAUUGCAACUAAAAGAUUGAAAUUGAGUUUAAUAUCUAAUUUAUUAUUCUCGAUUAAAUAAUAAUACAAUAAAAUAUAACAGAGAAAUAGUUCUAUUUAUAAUGAAAUUUAAUGUUAAUAAUCUUUAUAUUUGUUUGAUAAAAGUAAUAGAUUUAGAAUCAGUCUUACAAAAUUAGUAACAUCAACUAUAUAUAUGUAUCUAAUUGAUGGAAUAAUAUAUUGGUCAAUUGUAGUAUUUAUAAUUUAAACUUAUCACGAUUAUGAAUAAGAAUCUGAAUAAUCUUCAAAACAAUUGAAUAUAAUGUAAUUAACAGUAAAUAUCAUUAUUUUUUCUGAUUUCUGGUUUAAUAUAAUAGCCAAAGGUGCUAUAUUAGAUAAGGGAUCAUUUUUAUAAAGUAUUUGGUAAAUAACAGAUAUUGUAUACAUAAUAGUAUAUUUGAUACAAUAUAGUAAUGAUGAAUAUGCACCUAUAAUUGAUGUGCUGAUGUUUUUAGGUUAUUUGAGACCAAUGAAAUUAAUGUAUAGAAUUAAUUGGUUAAUAUAAUUAAGAGCAGCAUUAGGAUAAGCUUUAGUUGAUAUAUUAAAUGUAUUAUUAACAUUACUUUCUGUUUGGAUGGUUUUUGGAGUUUAUGGAAUUAUUUUAUAUGAAAAUUAAUUUGGAUUUUGUGAAGAUAAGAUGGAAUUCUACGUUUCUAAAUAGGAAUGUAUAUCUUAAAAUAAAACAUGGAUUAAUUAUAAACAUAAUUUUGAUAAUAUAACAGUUGCUAUACCUACUUUAUUUGUUGUAUCUACAUUUGAUGGAUGGGGAGAAAUCUUAUAAGUUGCAGAAAAUAGCUAAACUGAUGAUAUUGGACCUAUUCCAUUUGAUAGUUAUCUAUAUACUUAUUUAUUUCUAAUAGUAUUCUGUUUUAUUGGAUCGAUGUUCUUUUUAAGUUUAUUUACAGGAAUUCUAUUUAAUAUUCUUAAAGAAAAUCAAUUUAAAAUGUAAAAUAAUGAACUCACUUAAGUUUAAUAAGAAUUCAAAAAUAUUACUAAUAUUAUUAUGUCAGAUUUUCCUAUCUAUUCUACUCCACCUAAAAAUGGUAUCAGAAAAAUAGCAUCUGAUAUUGUAAAUAAUACUAAAGUUAAAUACUUUAUAUUCAUAUUUCUAAUAAUGGAUCUGAUCAUCUUAUUAUUAUUUAGUUCAAAUAUGGAUAUAUAGUAUUUUUUAGUAAUAAAUACAUUACAUAAUAUAUUGACUAUUUUUUAUCUUUUAUGGAUAAUACUAUUAGUUUUAGCAUUAGGAAUAAAUAGAUUUUUUGAUAAUAAUUGGAGAAGAUUCUAUUUCUUAUUAACAUUAAUUGGAUUAAUUGAUUUAAUUACUCAUUAUAUAACAGAAUGGACAAUGA